AUGUUCCAAACGAGUAACGUUAGUUAUCUGACAGAAGAGGACUUUUUGGAUGUGAACACAGACAUCUACUCAAAAGUCCUGGUAACUGUCAUUUACGCGGUGCUUUUUACAGUGGGCUGUCUCGGAAACUCAGUUACCCUCUACAUAAUGUGCAAGAAGGACUCUUCACAGAAUCUGCAGAGUACCGUGCACUACCAUUUGGCGAGCUUGGCAGCAUCCGAUCUCCUAAUCCUUAUCCUGUGCAUGCCUGUCGAGCUCUACAACUUCAUCUGGAUCCAUCACCCAUGGGCAUUCGGGGACGUUGUCUGCAGAAGCUAUUACUUCCUUCGGGACGGAUGUUCGUACGCCACCGCGCUCAAUAUCGCCAGCCUCAGUGUGGAGCGUUACAUGGCAAUUUGCCAUCCGUUUAAGGCGAAGAGGGUCAUGUCGCGGGGGCGCACCCGAAAGCUAAUAUGUGGGCUAUGGGUGGUGUCGCUUUUCCUCGCUUCGUCAAUGCUUUUCAUCAUGGGGCAGCACAACGUAGGACUUGAGAUGAUCUGCACUCCCAUUGUGUCCACGGCUACUGUCAAAACUGUGCUACAGGUCAACGCCCUGCUGUCGUUUGUGGUGCCUAUGGCAGUGGUGUCCAUCCUCAACUGGCUCAUUGGCCGACAGCUGCAGCGUCUUUCCCAGCAGGCUUUGCUACAUCACUCUCGCAGCCCCCUGGCGUCCAGUGAUGCCACUGAACCAGCGCGUGCCCGAUCGUUGCGCCACGGUGUGGCUGUCCUGCGUGUGGUGGUGAUUGCUUUCGUUGUAUGCUGGCUGCCAUAUCACAUACGGCGUCUCCUGUUCUGCUACAUUAUCGAGUGGACCGAACGCCUGUAUGACUUCUACCACUACUUUUACAUGGUGACAAACGUGCUCUUCUAUGUGAGCUCCGCCAUCAAUCCGGUGCUGUAUAACCUGGUUUCGGCCGACUACAGGGAGCUGUUCUUCUCCACCCUCAGCUCCUCCUGUCUUCGAGGCUUUAAGAAGAGAGAGGGCGCCCGACAGGGCAACGGACUCCACCACCUCCAGCAACUGCCCUCAUCUGUGCAACAGAACCCCCUCCCCACAGAACAAACAGCCCUUUCCUUUACAGUUACCAAUGAAAACCUUUCCUGAGCACUCUCCAUAUGUGAACAGAGAUGUAUCUUCAGUAUGAGAUGUAUCUUCAGGGUCAGUACUCUCCAUAUUUGUACAGCGAUGUAUCUUUUUAUCCUGUCCUGAGUAGGGUCAGUACUCUGAAUAGUAAAUACUAAAAGUCUUACCCUACUUCUAAAAUUGUGGAGGGGGGUCAUUGGUUGAGACCCGUUCAUGGACCGCAGAUCCCAUUCAUGGACCGCAGAACCUAUUCAUGGACCGCUGAGCC